GAAUCUGCUUCUGAAAGUAGCACCGAAUCUACGUCUCAAACCACCGAAUCUGCUUCUGAAAGUAGCACCGAAUCUACGUCUCAAGCAACCGAAUCCACCGAAGCAAACACAGAAUCAACAUCAACGACAGAAUCGACAUCUGAAGCAACAACCGAGUCCACAUCAACGACCGAAGGUAUCACUGAGAGUAGUACAGCAUCCAGCUCAGAACAGACUACCGAACUAACAACGUCAACGACGGAAUCCACCACGGAAGCUACCACCCCAACGCCUUGUCCAAUUGGUAACUUAACCGACGAACAGAUAGUGCUCGCCUGUCCAACUGGUUUCCGAAGACAUCCGAAGUAUUGCAAUUUAUUCUAUCAGUGUACUAACGAAAACGAUAUGGAGAUCAAAGUCCUGGUGUUAAGCUGCCCGGAAGGGACGAUCUUCGACGAACGAAAGAUACAGUGUUUGCCCGAAAAUAAAGCUAGUCAACCGUGCACGGGUACUAUAGCUACUGCACGAUUUUAUAGAAGAUUGGAGCAAAGUUCUACGCCUACAAUAAAAGUAUCAACCCAGCAACUAUGCCCAGAAGAAGGUCACUACCCUUACAAAUCGGGCUGCAACAGCCUGUUCUAUAAUUGCAAACGAAAUUCCAGAAACGAUCUUCAAGGCUAUUUAUACAAGUGUCCAGAGAACUUCCUCUACUGGUCAGUUUCGAGAAGAUGCGAGCGCGCAGCGCGAUUGCCAUUGUGCGGGUUGUACAAAUCUAAGGAAAACAUUGAGAAUUGGGAAGGAAAGUGGCAGAUUCCAGUGGAAGAGUCUAAUCUAUCUGCUCGAAGUUUGUUUCGCUAAAUUCCGAUAGAAAGCUCCUAGUGAUUUAAAUGGACAGUAUAAACUCUCAGGAUAACUUCUGAUCUUGUUUUUCUUUUCCUUUUUUUUUUUUUUUUUUAAUGAAAUGUAUCUGAAGGAAGUAAUUUUAAAUAUUAGGAUAUUUUUAUCUUUUAAAUAUUAGAAUUAUUAGAAUUAUAUGUAAAUGUUUUUUACAACAUGGCUGCGGAAGAUCUUACGAUGGGAUACUCGGAUCUUCAACAGUCAUCUUGUCGUAAUUGAUUAGUCUAUACGGAUUCUUAACAAUUAUUCGAGAAUUAUGAUUUGGUAUUUUCCACGAUUUUCCGCAACGUAAGCUCGUAAAAUCGUUGGAAAACCAUCACGAAUAUUGGGGUUUUGGUUGUGGGAUUUGUAUGAUAUUCGACUGUAUUCAAUAGUUUGCGAUAUUUAUUUGUAAAGUUUUCUCGCGACUACAUUUUCGUGGUUCAUAAAAUUUUACAUUGAUACGUAAUAAUGAAUUAAAUUUUACAAUAAUGAAAUUAUCAUAUAACGAUGAAUAUAGUGAAUAAAAAUUAAAAUUAAUAUAGAAAUUAAAAUAUUAAAAUAUGAUAUUGAAACAUUCGACGUUUCAUCAUUUUUAUUCGACAAAUAUGCAUAGUGUCUAAAGUUUUCUGAGAAAGCGUAUUUACAAUCUUAGCACUAUAUUCUGAAUACAGUACAAGUUCAGUAAAUCUUGGAAAUAUAAUCUUGUAUAUAAUUAUGUUUUAAUCGGUUUAAUUGCUGCUUCCUUUGAUAAAAUAUCGCGUUUAAUUUCUUUUUUCAAUAUUGCGACGAAGUAUGAUAAUACUUU